AUGCGCAAGCCGGCUGUACAAUUGUUCACAAAUGUACUGGCCUGUGAAAGAGAUGCGGGUCAGCCACGGACCAUUGUUGCCAGGAGUUCUUCUGCUUCACUCCGCUUACUCGAUGGCCUGCUUGGCUCCAUUUCGCCUCUUAGCGCCAGAACAACGGACCAGGAGACCAAGUUUCGGAAAAGACAGGACUGGUUACCAGUUUUUUUGUCCCAGACAAUAUUUAUUGCCCUGGUGACUGCAGGAUAA